AUGCUCCUGGGCUUCGCAUGCGAGGCUGUCGCAUUUGUGGCUUCAUGCAUCGGACUGGCAAUGGCGUGUAUUACACUCAAUUCGGUUGUCGGUAAGAGCUGUCUGUCAGCGAGAACUGUGGAAUUUUCGUGUGGAGUCGAGGCGCCAGUGGACGACACGCUUCCCACAUGUAUCUUGGUGAGGCUGCAGCAAUGGCUGGCAUCCCUAUUCUUGAUCUACUAUCUCUUCUCGGGGGGGACGUCGGCCACGAUGAUGUACUAUUAUCAGAGGAAUUUCGAGAAAGUGACAGAGGCAUAA